AUGAUAAAUAAUCUUACCCUGUUUAAUUCAGCAUCUCAGUCUUAACUAUUUGGAAACCCUGCUCAUCUUUCAACUAUUAAAACUCAGUCAAGUCAAGAACAGUAGUCAAAGCUGUUCUAAUCCUCAAUGGUGAGCAGUACAAUUUCAACCAAACCUAAUUUCUCUAUAAGACAAAGCAAUAAGAUGGAUCUAAGAUCAUCCUUGGAUCUAAGAAUGAUUCCCUAGACUGCUAAGAUUUAAAAGCUAAACUAAAGAGGGACCCUCAAUGAUUUCUUCAACCAUAAUCUAAAAUCGAAAUAUGAAAAAAACCUUUUUGCAGGAGAAGGUUCACGGAAGAACAGUAGAAGGAAUAUUAGUAAGGACUAGGAAUUCAGACCCUAUGUAGAAGAGCGCGAUUCCAUGAAUAAACUUAUCUCAGUAGAUUACAAACCAGUUAGAAGUUUUUAGCUACCAAGUGUAUAACAAACCAAAAAGUUCUUAGAAAGAUUCAAAAAGAAAAAGACAAAAGGCGUUAAUAUGGAUGUGAAUUAUCAAAUCAGUGACUAGUUUAAUCUACAAACUACUAAACUGAACCUUGGUUAGGGAGAUUAGUGCUCUAUCAGCUUUGAGAAUUAGACUCUUAUUACAGAUAGAAGCAAAAGCUUGCAUGGAUUAGAUUCAAUAAAUAUUAAUUUACUUGAAAAUAACAAGAACUUCGUCAACAAUAGAAACCUGGAUAAACUCUAGUAUUCAAAGAAUCCAAUGUUUAAAUCUAGAAAUUCCUCUUUACCGAUGAACUAAUCAGAUACGAACACAACUUAGUUGAAUUUCAGUUUAUUUAAAGUGAGGUAACUUUAAGCUGACUCAUAUUCAAAGCAUCAAGCCAGCAACUUGAAGAAUUCUUUUAUUCAAUAAUCAACAGUUCAGAGCAGCCCUGAUGAAUUGCAUUUAACUCAGCAGCAGCAAUCAAACAGAGAAUAGCAUAAAAAUAGAAUGAUCAUGAUUGAUUCUUAUCAGAAACUUAAGCAAAAGCUUUAUCAAUCCCAAGCCAAUAUAAGGGCCAUCCCUUACCCAAAUCUAAAGACAUAUGCCAGUGAAUCGUUUCUCAACAAUCAGCAGCCAGCUCAGUAAAAUAAUUUGUUUGGAGUUGACAAUUACAUGUCCCAUAACUAACUUCCAGUUUUGAAUUACAAAUAUCAAAUUCCACAGAAGCAGAGAAACUUUAGGAAAAACCAAUUGCAAGUAAAGUCAAAGCUUGAGGAAGAAAAUGAGAAAAUAAGAAAUAUAAUGAAUGCUAAACCAGAAGAAGGGAAUAAGAUUAAGGAGAAUAAAGAGCUCAAAACUGUUUUUUCCCCUUAGAAUAACCUGAAAAAGCUCACUACUGAUGAGCUAUUACAAUUGACUUAGACUAAAAUGGUUAGCUAUCUUGAAAAGCAAGAACCUAAGAUUCUAGAAAACUCGAAACAAAAAUUAAUGAAAAAAGAUAAUCAGCUAUAGGAUCUUCACAAAAGAGAGAAGGCGAUUGGUCUCUCUCAUAUCCCCUUAGAAAGACCUGUUGAUGGAAGAUCCUAGAUUAAGGGAAUAAUAAUGGAUAUUAGAAGCAACAUCAGCAAACUUAACUAUUGA